AUGCUGGAAUCGUCAGCAACUCACAACCUCCUCGGCACAUCCCCUGGUCCAUUUGUGGUGCCUGCCGAAAACUCGACCGAGUUGUGGCAGAGACUUGAAGCAAGGCGACCGUCGCCGCUUCGCUUCGUCCUGCACCUCUCCCGUCGUCAUAACGCAGCUCUCUGCCCGUGUUUCGAGGCUGAGAUUCCUUCUCUAACCUCGCCUUCAACCUCCUUCACUGUUACUCGAAUCCUGGACCCGGAGCACCGAGUUCCGUACGUCACUCUCUCACCGAUGUUUCACGCUGCCGGGCUGACACUCAUCCAAGGCCUUCUCAGAUGCAACCUCUCUUUAUCGUCGUUCGACGUUUCGUUAGCAGGCUUGGAGCCUUGGGACGAUCUAUGGAUCUCACUCCCGCUGGCUCGCUCCAUUGCAUCUCGAUUGGAACUAUCUUCAGCUUUAGCAUCGAUCCUGGAAUCUAAAAGCGCGCCUGCAUGGAGUCUGGACGAAUUCAACCAGGGUCUAUCGCACAACUGGAGGGUACCGCAAGAGUAUGUGGAUGCAGCGGCAUAUUCGACCGAUGCGAUCAUGGACAACACGCUGCGCUUUGACAGGGCGCAGAUGCUGCCCCAGGGGCAACAGAUCACCACGCUGAUUUCGAAACAAUUGAGGAGCAACAUUGUACACAAUGCGAGAGAGACCUGGCGAAGUGAACGUUUUAAGCUGCACCAGAACCUGGUGAGAUGGUCUAGCCAAUUGUAUUCCAUCUUCUUGGAUGUCGAGCCGCUUCUUAAGGUGGAUCAGGGUGAUGUGCAGAAGGAACUGAUCUUAAAGUCGAUCUUGAACGACUUGCGCGAUGUGGUUGUGUCCCCGACAGAAACAGACCUGCUGGAAUGGCUGCAAUUCACCUAUCACUCUUCGCCAACAUCCGUCUCAGCACACCGCAUGACCUCGAGAAGUCAGCACGGUUCUGACGAAGGCCGGAUUCUGUCUUAUCUCAAUUCGAUGGAGCUCUCUGAGCUACGUAGGAAGGAAGCUACCCUCGGAGACAUUCUUCUUUCAACCGAACGCGGUGACGAUGCAGAUCAGAUCGUUGGUCGACUUGAUUCGAUCAUGCGAGCCAAGAUGUCGUGCUUGCACCACCUCAACCUCAUCUCGCUCGCACGUAUGCCGUCUUUGAGCGAAACGCAGAUGGAUUCACAGCUGGACAUUGGAGGUACCUCGACAGGCAUGGUCAUGCACCAGCAUUCGGCAGAUGACGGAAACGUUCAGAACAUCGCUACCACUGCCACUGCGGCUGCUGCGGGCAGCGGUGAAGAGAUUGAUCAGCUGCAUGUAAAAAUCGAUCUGCUUGCAUCCAAGCUUGAUGCGCUACUGGCUUCGAGCUCCUGCUCGUCGUCACACGAUUUGGCCAAAGACCCACAGAUAAUACCCAAGUCUACUGUUUCUCUCAAACAUCUGGCGUCACCCGAUCAGCACACCUACAACUCGAAACGCUCCGUCUUACCUAUUUUGGACGAGCUUCCACGUUCAAUGACCUUGACUCGGGUCGAAACGAAUCCGUCACUGGUCAUAGCCAUUGUCUCAGCAUUUCUGUUUUUCGUUCUAAUCCAAUCGAGUUGUGCAUAG